CGCCCAUAGCGCUGCCGCCCCACGCCGAGAGACGCGCCGCGAACGGGUUCUGAGCCAGACGCUUUCACGUCAUCACGCCGCGCCGCACGCGGGUGCGCAGGACCGAGCUCCCGCACGUGUGCGGCGGGGAACAUGGCGGCGGCGGCGGAGCAGAAGCUGGAUCGCGCUCAGGUUAAAAAGGCAGUGCAGGCCUUGCUCGCUUACACAAAGACCAAAAAUAAAGCGGAUGAACUGCUUUUGAAUGAGAACGAGAAUGUAUACUUAAUGGUGACCGUGUGGAAGAUCCCACCACACGAACAAGUAAUCAAAAUACCACUUCCUUAUGGUAUUCGACCAGAAACAGCUGAAGUUUGCCUCUUCACAAAAGAUGAACCUGAAUUAUCUGCAGAACAGACCGAAAACUUGUACAAGAAACUCUUGAUCCAGAAUGGGAUCACAAGUAUCAGCCAGAUCAUCUCAUAUAAAACUCUCAAAAGUGAAUAUAAACCAUUUGAAGCAAAGCGUCGUCUGUUGAAUAGAUUUGAUCUCUUCUUGGCCGAUGAUCGAAUUAGAAGGCUUUUGCCCUCACAUAUAGGGAAACACUUUUAUCAAAGCAAAAAGGCACCUUUAUCUGUAAACCUGAAAGCCAAGAAUCUAGCUAAGGAACUAAACAAACAUAUCCAGGGAACUAUACUUCCAGUAACCAACAGGGGUUGCUGUUAUACAGCACGCAUAGGUCACACUGGAAUGAAAGCUAAUGAAUUAUUAGAAAACAUCGCCGUUGCUGUUGAGGUGAUUUCCAAUAAAUUGCCAAAGAAUUGGAAAAAUAUUAAAGUUCUUCAUCUGAAAACACUCAAAUCUGUUGCUCUUCCAAUCUUCAAUUCUUACAUCCACAAUUUAGAUGAGCUUGACAAGCAGCCAUCUGUGUCUCAAAAGGGAGGACAGAAAAAGAAAGGGAAAAAAAGGAAGCAGAAGGCAGCCACAGAACAGACUUCAACUAAAGCUAAAGUGACAACUGAAAAGAAUAAUACAAAUGCUGCUACCAGAGACCUUGAGACAGUACAGAAAGGAAAAGAUGAAACUUUGGCAAUGACAGACCCAGAUGAGGAUGAUGGAGAAAUUCCACAACUAGUUCCUAUUCAGACAGACACCAGCAUUGCUGGGCAAGAGGAGAUGAAACCAAAUCAAACUUCAGGACAAGGUGUAAACAUGAGCAAGAAAUCUAAGACACCUCUUGGUAAGAGAAAGAUGACGACAUUGACUCAGGAGACUCCACAAACAAAACUUAAAUUGGCUGCAGCUCAGGCAGAUUUGCCAACACCAGCUCAACAGAAACAACCCAAGAAGCCCAAGACCCCAAAGGAAGCAGUAAAGGAAAAGAAGCUGAAAAAGACUCCCACAAAAACAGAAGCAAAAUCCUCUGUGACUCCUAAGGGGAGCAAGCUUGUAAAAUCAGCCAAGAAAGCUCCCAAAACACCAAAACCUAUGCCCAAGAAAAUGAAAGUCCCACAAUCAGCUUGAACACUGUCAGUUAUGUUACUGCUGUAUCCUAUCAAGAGUCCUGGUUAAAUGUAUUUGCUUUGCUAAAAAAGUCACUAUAAAUUAGAGUACAGCUUGAUUAAAAGAAGACCUGAGUAUAGGGAGCUGUGUUCACCAAGAUUUGUAAUUGCGUAUCAGUGUUUCCUACUAGUAGCAGUGGGGCUGCAAGACAUGUAAAUCAACCUUUUCUAAUUAGAUCGUUUCUACUUUUGUGUCAACCAACAGGCUGUAUUAUUUCCUGUGCUUAUAUUAAAAAUACACUUCAAUACUUUA